AUGAGUAAAAAUGACGUAGAGUAUUCGUCAAACAUCAUUGUGGAGGGAUCGUUUGCCAAAAAAUUUGAGGAGCGGAUAGAAUUUCGUGAUAAUUUUUAAUUUUUUUCCCUUUGAUCUUUGAUCUCAAGGGAUUCCUUUACCAUAAUGCUGAAAAGGAAAGGAAGAUGGUACAUAUGCUGACCAAACGAUUAUAUACGGCUAGGAAACAGAUCCCAAAACUACAUGGAAAGCUUGAAACUAUGUUAAACGAUCGGAAAUUGGCCAUAGUCGAUCUACCUAGCAUACGAGAAAAACUCGAAACUCAAGCGAGACUUGUAGGAGAACCAAGGUUGACAAACAAAUGGCCUUUGGAGAAUUUACAAAGAGAAUUAGAGGGUAUCUGUGUGGUUAUGAGAAACUUGCGUGAGCGGGAGAUGCGUUUUGCUGAUGGUUGCAAAGCAAGGACUGUUUUUCGUAGGAAAUUGACUCAUCUAAAAGAAAGAGCCUGUGACCUUAUCAAACUCAUCAAUGGAAGAAGUCAAUGGAACAUAACUGAGGAACAUCGGAUAUCUGGCAUUUUCCCCUGGCAGACCUCUGGAUACACAUCCGUCGCUGAAGACUUUCAACUAGUUGACACAUGGGAGCUACAUAAGAGAUUCCAAGAAGAAGAAUUUCAAACGAAGCGGGAAAUGGUUUCAUUCAUUUCUAGAACGUGCGAAGGAUUAAAGAUUUUAGAAAGUGACAUCGAAAAACUUUCAAACGAGCACAACAAACUGUCUCAAGGAAAAAUCAUUCUAAAGAACGCUGAAAUCAAGCGUUUAAAACUGAUGUUAAACGAUGCCCUUUUUUCCUUUGACGUGGAGUUUGAAUUUGAUGAAGAUGCGUUGCUGGAAAUGGAAUAUGAAGAGGAAGACAUUGCCUUAGAACGAAUAUUCGACGAAGAAGAAUUAAAUGAUACACACGAUCAUUACGAUAUUGACGACAGUAUGUCUGAAUAAUUUUUUUAACGAUUUGCCUUGUAUGUAUCGAGAAAGGUUUAAAUACAACG